AUGCUACUGGCAUGGCUAAAUGAUUACAUGUGUAAUCUCCCACCAUCCAUAUCUAGAUCCAAUGUUGCAUCCCUUGAGACUGAACCAACCACCUACCAUCAAGUUGCUCGUGGUCCUAGAUGGUGCCAAGCCAUGGCAGCUGAAAUUGAAGCAUUAGAAAAGAAUGAUACUUGGACCAUUGUUGAUUUGCCACCCAAAAAGCAUGCCAUUGGCAACAAAUGGGUAUAUCGUAUCAAGUACAAAGUUGAUGGAACCAUUGAACGGUUCAAAGCCCGGCUUAUCGCAAAAGGCUAUACACAAAUUGAAGGUCUUUACUACCAUGACACCUUUGCUCCAAUCGAAAAAUUAUCUACUAUUCGUUGUCUCCCUGCUAUGGCAACAACUCGUGGUUGA